UCCGAUCAGCUGUACGUGGGAGAACGAACGCUAAUCCUAACCCUAAAAACCUCCGGCUCCGGACCUUCCCCCGGCGAGCAGUUCCGGCGCUCUCCGGUUGCAUCUUCACGCGGCGAUAGCAAGCCAUUGUGGACGACUUCCGGCCAGAGAGCUUGCCAUCGCCACCAGGCCCUCCAUCCUUGCUGUGCGCCUGUGUCUUCCAAAUUGGGUUUCGCAUGCUUUUGCCCUGCAACUCAUUUCCAGAUGUCGACUAGUAUGGCCAACCUUAUCCCAUUUGAUGAUGCACCAAUUAGUCCAGCUAAUUGGACCAACCAACAAGAAAAUGUAUUCAUAGAUUUAUUAGUACGACAAGUCCAGAAUGGUGGGAUGGUUGCAGGGUGCCUAAAAACCCAAGCUUGGAAAGAGGUUCGGGUUGGUUUUUAUAGGGCACUUGGGCUGAAGUUCAACACAAAGUCAUUCAGUAACAAGAUACAAGAUCUUAAGAGUAGGUAUAAAGAGUUCAAGAAGUUGAGGUUUGGUCAGACUGGGUUUGGUUGGGAUGAGGAGAAAAAGAUUGUUGUAGCUUCUCCGGACACUUGGAAAAGCUAUUUAAUGGUUAACCCCAAGGCAAAGAGGUUUCGUACUAAAGGAUGUCCAGAGUAUGAUCGUCUUGAUAUUAUAUUUGGGGGCACUAUUGCUAUUGGCCAGUUUGGCACAUCCUUAGCACGUGGCGUACAAUCCCCCCCUCGAGAUGAGGUGCAGGUCUCUAAUAAUGAUCAACCUGUUGAGGAAUCCCUUAAUCCUAUGGCCCAUGACAUUGGUGAUGUUAAUGACAGUGAUGAUGAGUGGUCUUCUACUGCAACCACCCGCCGAGAUGUUCGUAGGAAGAUAACCAUUGACUUUGUUGAUAUAAUCAAUAAACUAAAUGAAGCAGCAAAUGCAAGAAUAGAUAAGUUAGUGGAUGCGAUUAAUGGCUUUAAUGAUAAACCAGACAAGUACUCGAUAUCUACUUUCUUGGAUGAGAUAAACACCAUGGAAGGUCUUACUCAUAUUGACUAUUGCAAACUAUUCGAGGUUUUCGAGAAAGCAUCUGCUAGGGAGUGGUACAUGAAGAUGCCUCCAGAUAUUAGACGGAAUUGGAUUAGUGAUAUCCUUAAGAAGUAGCCUUUUUUCUGUAUGAGAGUUUUGUACAAUUUCUUAGUUUAUGUAUUGGACCAUUGUGGUACCAUUUGUUUGUUUCUUAAUUUGGGACCAUCUUAGUGUUAAUUGUUUUAUGUUUUGUGAUCCACUUAAACUUGGAUAUGAUUAGGGAUUGUAAUUAUAUAUAUUUGGAUGAUGUGUUAUAUAUAUUAGGAUAUGAUAAGGGAUUGUGAUUAUAUA